AUGGCAAUCCGGAGAAUACGAAGGGUAUUCGGAGGAAAGAGGUUGAAGGAAGAGAAGCUAAAUCUGGAUGAACAAGCAGCUGGACAGAAGAGAAUGCUACAACUAAAUGAACUGGAAGAGUUCAGGAUGAAUGCAUAUGAAAAUGCCAAGCUUUUCAAGGAAAAUAUGAAAAGGUGGCAGGAUAAUAAGAUCCUGGCAAGGGUAUUUGAGCAAGGUCAACAAGUUCUUUUAUUUAACUCAAGGCUCAAGCUCUUUCCAGGCAAGCUCAAAUCAAGAUGGACAGGACACUUUAAGGUUGCACAUGUGUACCCCUAUAGAGCUAUUGAAAUUAUGAAUGAAAAAGAUGGGAGCACAUUUAAGGUUAAUGAACAAAGGCUGAAGCAUUAUUGGGGAGAUCAAAAUAUCAAGGAGACAACCAUUAUCUCCUUGGUUGAGCCAAGUUGA